CGUUGUCUCAGAAGCAACGUCGUGAUCCUUACUUUUAUUUCCGUUAUAAUUUCUCUUACUUAUAGUAGUUUCGAUUUCGAUUUCUGAAGCGUAUGAUCGCGUGAUUGUCAAUUUUGUUCAAGUUAGUGCGCGCACUUGUUGAUCGUCAAAAUGGGAAGCAAGAAAUCGGAUAUUCUAUAUCUGUUCGAUCGACCGGCGGAGCCGGUGUACGUACCCAAGGGAGAGAACAAAGUCGCUUUUGAUGUACCAGCUAACUACUUGCCUGAGUCUCGGCAACAGAUGGCUCCUGCCAUUGUGAAUCGUUUCGCCGAUGAUACCUCGUCAAAGGUUCCAGUGAAGCAAAUCAGUCUGCCUGACUUGAGUGUCCCUCUUCAACUUGGACGUCGAGAACCUUUCUCUCUUUUCAUUCCUAAGCAUCGAAAAUUAGCCGCGCGACUUAUCGACAUCUUCUUGGGUAUGCGAACGUAUGACGACUUUCUUUCGGUAUCGGUUUACUGUCGCGAUCGCGUUAAUCCCGAGAUGUUCAUCUACGCACUGUCGGUGGCGAUUCUGAAUCGUCCAGAUACCAAGGAUUUACCAAUACCACCGCUAUCAGAAAUUUUCCCGGACAAGUACAUAGAUAGCGGGAUAUUUGCCAGGGCGAGGGAGGAAGCCAACGUUGUACCAGCUGGCUCCAGGGUGCCUAUUGAAAUUCCGCGGGAUUAUACUGCGUCGGAUCUUGACGAGGAACAUCGCGUAGCUUACUGGAGGGAAGAUAUUGGGAUUAAUCUUCAUCACUGGCACUGGCAUCUGGUCUAUCCAUUUGAGACCGACAUCAGGAUUGUUAACAAGGAUCGGCGUGGCGAGCUAUUCUACUAUAUGCACCACCAGAUCCAAACCAGAUAUAAUGCCGAGCGUCUGAGCAACCGAUUGGGUCGAGUGAAGCGUUUCCACAAUUGGCGCGAACCGAUCCCGGAGGGUUACUUUCCUAAGUUGGAUUCGUUGGUGGCCAGUCGCACUUGGCCCGCCCGCCCCGCCGGCGCUAUUCUUAAAGAUAUCAACCGGCCUGUGGAUCAAUUGAACUUCGACCUUCAAGACCUAGAAAGAUGGCGUGAUCGCAUAUAUGAAGCCAUUCACACCGGCGCUUACAUCAGCCCCCGCGGCGAGAGAGUGCCUUUGACCGAGUUCGGUGGCAUAGACGUGCUUGGUAACAUCAUGGAGGCGAGCAUCCUUUCGCCCAAUCAAAAUGUAUACGGAGACCUUCACAAUCUCGGUCACGUUGCCAUCUCUUACUGCCAUGAUCCCGAUCAUCGCUACUUGGAAACUUUCAGUAUCAUGGGAGAACCGGCCACCGCUAUGAGAGAUCCCAUCUUCUACAGAUUCCAUGCUUUCACUGACGAUGUAUUCCUAGAGCACAAGAAUACACUUCCCGAGUACGACCUACAGCAGCCUCCCCUAGUGAAACCGGGAUCAAAUACCAUCGAGCGUAAAUCAACGGAGUCUUCGGUAACUAUACCGUUCGAAAGGACGUUCCGCAAUCUCGACGUGAACAGACCAAUCGGCGGCGAUAACCUGGAACAGUUCAACUUUUGCGGAUGCGGCUGGCCACAGCACAUGCUAGUACCUAAGGGCAAGGAGGAGGGAUUCCCGAUGGACCUCUUCAUCAUGAUAUCCGAUUACACCGGUGACGCGGUGGAACAGGACGAACCGACCGGAUGCAAGGACGCGGCGAGCUUCUGCGGCCUGCGGGACCGCAAGUAUCCGGACGCGCGACCCAUGGGCUUUCCAUUCGAUCGUAGAGCCCGUGCUGGCGUGGAAACUCUGGCCCAAUUCUUGAUCGGCAAUAUGGCAGUCGCGCAGAUUAACAUUCGCCACACGGAUACUAUAUUGCCGCGAAUGCGAUCCGGAAGUAUGAGCAACACUCUCACCUUCGCCUAAUCCGAUGAUUGAUCGACCAACCGAACGCGAUAGACCGCUCUCGUGCAUCUCCGCCAAGAAUUCCAACGUUUCCAUUUCUACCACGCAUUCUUAGUAGCAAUCCUGCCAUAUUCGUCAUAGAAUCGCGACUGAUUGCGUGGAAACGCGACACGGUUCUCAUCCUAGUCCAUCUUUGGAUGACAAACGCUGGAAUGACGGCGAUGGGACGGGAGUGGAUAAAAAGCUGGAGGUGGGCGAGACACUAUUUCC